AUGAGCCAAGGGCCAAAUCUCGUCCUGCAGUGGCUGUCCAAGCUCCAUCUGGCCCAGUAUGUGGAGGCGUUCAUUGACAAUGGGUACGAUGAUUUGGAAGUUUGCAAACAGAUUGGAGAGCCAGACCUGGAUGCAAUAGGCGUCCGCAUCCAGUAUCACAGACAGAGACUGCUCACGGCGGUGGACAUGCUAAAAGAGCAGGAUAGAAUGAAAUCGCCUGGCUACUAUUUCACCUUAGAGCCUCUGGAUGCUUCUACGUGCCACCACACUUCACACUCAGGAAGAGUGGAAGACUGCAGGGCGCUGAGGUCGCAAACUGCAGGAAAACACCAGUUCUCCUGCCCUGGAAACCACAACCUGAGAUUCACAGAGUGCAAUGACUUUGUGACUUAUCCCAAACUGAAGCUCAAGGUGCUCAUAAGGGAUAAACUUGCAAAAGAUGGGAUCAACCUGGGACAAGCACCUUACACCCACAAGGGGGCCCCGGGGCUGUCGAUCUAG